GUCGAUUCAUUUCCUUAACCACGAUAUGGAGGAUUGUCAACUCUCCACACGGCCCGGAGUCAUGCAAUUCAAAGGCCCGUUUUGAAAUAUACCUUAGAACCCCAACUCUCUAUUCAAGCAUGAAAACAUACUUCCACUAUAGAAAAAGUUUAUAAAAGAGAGAAUCUAUUAUGCAUUCAACUCUCAUACAUAAUCUAUUCACAAACCGCCAAUACCUUAUGUUCCGGGAACCCAUCUUUCCGUUGCGUCCCGUCCCCCAAGCCAACUCCUGCUCUCCUGUCCAUCACCAGACAACUCUACGGCCGAGGAGCCGUCGAGAUCAAAUCGGUGGUGACCAAGGAAUCCCUCGCAAAGCUGGUGUUUUAGUUCGUCAAAGACGAACAUCGUCACCAACCUGACAUGCUGAGGGACCUCCAUAGGGGGGUUGCCGACUGUGGACCUUUUGUCGAACAAGGAGGAUUAGGCGACGAGAUUGAGGGAGAUCUUUUGAUCGGCCAUUUUCUUGAAGGGAGGAAGAGGAAGAGAGAUGCGGCUCGUCAGGGCAAAAGCAAGCACUCUUCCUCGCGUCGUGAGGAUUGCUUCCGGCUUGAUCAGGUCGUGAUCGAGGUGGAGGACCAGAACGAGGCGAUCCCAGAGAUGGGAACGGUAGCCACCAACCCCCUGCCGUGUUCCAUGCUUCCUGGGAGCGACCUAGCAGGGUCCUCUCAGAGGGCUAUCUCGGAGCGACCUCCCUCUCCACCAGCAGUGACCUACGAGGUGGCGACCGAGAGCGGCUCAACGAGGUUUAGCAAUCCCCCUCCGUCCCCAAGUUUGGGGGACGUUCAGCUGGAGACCUUAAUCACCCUCCCUGCUCACGAUCGAGCCCGCAUCUCGGCCAGUUCUAACGGUGAUCUCUCCAACAUGGUUCUUCUGAAGCUUAGUCAGGUAUCCGCCUUGGUUUUCUUUUCAGCCCCAUUUGUUCUACCUUCCUUGUCCCUCCCCUUUGUUUUAUACCUCCGACUCUUCACGCGGAGGCUAAGCAGAAGGAGCUGCAGGAUGAGGUCGCUCGCCUCGCAAGGGAUCUGGAGGAAGAGAAUGGUCGCUCUAAUCAACUGGAGGAGGAGAAGACCUCGCUGUCUUCCGAGGUUAUAUCCGUUUAUGUCGAUGACGGCUGAGGAGAACUGGUCUGGCCUUGAUCUUAGCCAGGGGCCGAAUGAUCGGCCUGGCGAGAAUGGGACAUUGGAGAGGCCAAGUCGAAAUCAGAAAUAAUCAUGAUGGCAAAGGGAGAACUGACUUGAAGACUAAGAAAAACGGGUCGGGUAGCGGCAAAGCAACAAGUGAAGAAAAAAGUGUUGCAGGU